GAAAGAUGGAUAGAAAAGAAGAUGAUACGGGAUAGACUGCAGGAGAAAGCAGAACCAAUCAGUCCGGCCGUCGAUCACCGCCCUCGUUCUGACGGUGACUCAAAUGCUCAUUCUGCUCGUCGUCAGCAGAACUCAGACAUCAACUUCCACUCUCUCCAGCAGUUCGAGUCACUGAAUCUGAAUCUGAAUCUGAAUCUGAAUCCUCCUCCACUCUAAUCUACUCGGGAUGAAAACGCUCAUAUUCAAUUUUAGUUCACCGCCCAUACUAAAUCCAACUGCUGCCCCUAAAUUUGAUAGGACUGAUUUUCGAUCAUGCCCCCAACCGAAAGUUGGCGUCCCAUUCUCCAGCAAAAGCUUUUAUUUUUCCACUUCUCCCAAUGGCGGCGGCGAUGAACGACCACAUGGUUCUUUUCAAGGACUUCGGAUUCCCAGUCGCUGGAUGGAGCCUUCAAAAGCUGCUGAGAAGUUCUCGCAAAGAUCAAGAGACCAAACUCCUUCAUCAAAUACAGUUCAAAGAAGUACUCGGAAUCAAACAGGGCAAUCACAACCUACAGCAUUCAAGUCAUUUGAUGUUAAUAGAAAAGGGAAUAAAGAACUUGUGAUUGACUCACAAGAACAACAGGUAGACUCCGGUAACCUCCAACAUGCCACUUUCCUCAAUGCUGUUGUGAAGGUUUACUGUACUCACACCCCACCACACUAUUCGCUACCUUGGCAGAAACAGAGGCAGUAUACAAGUACUGGAAGUGCGUUUAUGAUUGGGGAGGGAAAACUUUUGACAAAUGCACACUGUGUGGAACAUGAUGCCCAGGUCAAAGUGAAGAGAAGAGGGGACGACACAAAAUAUGUUGCCAAGGUUCUAGCUAGAGGAGUAGAAUGUGACAUCGCCUUGCUUUCUGUUGAAAGCAAAGAAUUUUGGGAAGGAGCAGAGCCCCUUCACUUUGGAAACCUGCCUAAUUUGCAGGAUCCAGUGACUGUAGUGGGGUAUCCACUUGGAGGAGAAACCAUAUCAGUGUCCAAGGGUGUGGUUUCAAGAAUUGAGGUGACAUCAUAUGCUCAUGGAUCUUCUGAGCUUCUUGGUAUUCAAAUUGAUGCUGCUAUAAAUCCUGGAAAUAGCGGGGGGCCUGCAUUCAAUGACCAAGGAGAGUGCAUUGGAGUGGCAUUUCAGGUAUACAGAUCUGAUGAGGUUGAGAAUAUUGGCUAUGUGAUUCCAACAACUGUUGUGUCUCAUUUCCUUGAAGACUAUGGAAGAAAUGGGAAGUACACUGGUUUUCCUUGUCUUGGAGUUCUGUUACAGAAAUUGGAGAACCCAGCUCUGCGGACCUUCUUAAAUGUGCCAUCUAAUGAGGGUGUACUUGUGAGGAAAGUUGAGCCAACUUCUAACGCUAGUAAUAUAUUGAAAGAGGGUGAUGUCAUUGUUAGCUUUGAGAAUGUUCAUGUUGGCUCAGAAGGGACAGUACCUUUCCGAACAUCUGAGCGAAUCGCAUUUCGCUAUCUCAUAAGUCAAAAAUUUACUGGCGACAUAGCUGAGGUUGGCAUCAUUAGAGGAGGACAAUUCAGGAAAAUUCAAGUUGUUUUGAAUCCAAGAGUUCAUUUGGUUCCAUAUCAUAUUGAAGGUGGUCAACCAUCAUAUCUAAUAGUUGCUGGUUUGGUGUUUACACCUCUUUCAGAACCUCUUAUAGAGGAAGAGUGUGAAGAUAGCAUUGGGUUGAAAUUGUUGGCCAAAGCACGAUACUCUAUGGCAAGGUUCAAAGGAGACCAGAUGGUGAUCCUAUCACAGGUGUUGGCAAAUGAAGAAAACAUUGGAUACGAAGACAUGAGCAAUGAACAGGUGUUGAAGUUAAAUGGGAUGUGGAUUAGAAAUAUUCACCAUCUUGCUCAUAUGGUUGAUUCUUGCAAGGACAAAUAUUUAGUGUUUGAAUUUGAAGACAAUUUUUUGGUAGUCCUGGAGAGGGAAUCAGCUUUAGCUUCAUCAACCAGCAUCCUCAAAAGCUAUGGUAUUCCAUGUGAAAGAUCUUCUGAUCUUUUGGAACCAUACAGGGGCUGCACAGGGCAAUCUGAGGCAAUGGAUGAAAAGCAAUUUGGUGAAUGCCCUGUUUCAAACUCUGAGUUUGGAUCUGAUGGGCUUCUUUGGGCGUAAGUUGGUACUAUGCAACGAUUUUGACCUGUUUUUCCUUCACAUAUUCCACUGAUGCACCUGAAGAUUAUUGCACUGGUAAGGUGAAAUAAUUGUUGUAAAGUAUAGUCAAUAUAUAAUGAAUGACCCACGAUGGGCUCUCUCCAAUCUAGAGAAAAAUAUUGUGGAUCAGUUUUGAUCUUUGUUACUUACAUAUUUUACUGGAGAUGAGGUUGAAUCGGGCACAUGUAAGCCAUUCAGGUGGACACACAGAAUAAUGGCUUUGUUUACAUAA